UGUUGUUGCCGUGGCCGCGGCCGCAGGACGGGCACGGGCGCGGCGCGGCUCCGGAUCCCCCCCCCCCAGAAUCGCGCACCGUCCGACCGGGGGGCGCGGCGUGACGUCAGCACGGUGACGUAACACCAGCCCCCCGCUUCCCCGGCUCGGGGGGGCGGCGGCGGCGGCGAAACCCCCCCAAAACCCCCAACCCCCCCCCCCGAGACCCCGCCCCAACAUGGCGGCGGCGCCGGGGGGCGGGGCCUCGCCGGGGGGCGGGGGCGGAGCCGCGCUGGAGGAGGAGUGCGAGGUUGUGCGCGUGCGUGUCAAGAAGAACGAGGGGCAGCAGCCGCCCGAGUUCCGCUCGUUUGCCGUGGACCCGCAGAUCACGUCGCUGGAUGUGCUGCAGCACAUCCUGGCCCGGGCCUUUGACCUGCAGGGGAAGAAAAGCUUCGUUCUGAGCUUCGCAGCGCAGAACGGGCAGGGCCAGGACACCUUUGUGCCUCUGCUGAGCGAUGGUGACCUGGCCAACGCCUUCACCUACGCCCGGCCCACCCUGAGGCUGCGCCUGGACGUCAGGAACCCCCCUGACAGCCCGCUGCUGGAGGACUGGGACAUCAUCAGCCCGCGGGAGGUGGCGGCGGUCGAGCCGGUCCCCGAGCGCCGCUCGCUGCUGGCGGCGGCCCUGCCCUUCACCCAGGCACUGCUGGCACAGGUGGGCCGGACGCUGGCGCGGGCACAGGCGGCCCUGGCGUGGCCCGAGGGGACCCCGGCCGUGUCCCCGCCCCCUCCCCCGCCCCCACCCUGUGCCCCCCUGAGCGAUGCUGACCUGAGGUCGUACCUGGGCCCAGGUGGGCGCCUGCUGCGGCCCCAGGACCUGCGGCUGCACGUCUUCCACGGCGGCGUCGAGCCCGGCCUGCGCAAGGUGGUCUGGCGUUACCUGCUGAACGUGUUCCCCGCCGGCCUGACGGGCCAGGAGCGCCUGUCCCACCUGCGCCUCAAGGCGGCCGAGUACUCCUCCCUGAAGGUGGCCCUGGCGGCCCGCGCCGCGCCGGCCGAGCUGGCCCAGGUGGCCGCGGCGGUGCGCAAGGACGUGGUGCGCACGGACCGCGCCCACCCGUACUUCGGCGGCCCCGAGGAGGGCCACCCUCACCUGGCGGCGCUGCAGGCGCUGCUGACCACCUUCGCGCUGGGCCACCCGCGCCUGUCCUACUGCCAGGGCAUGUCGGACGUGGCGGCGCCGCUGCUGGCCGUGCUGGACGACGAGGCCCAGGCCUUCCUGUGCUUCUGCUCGCUGAUGCGCCGCCUGGCGCCGCGCUUCCGCCCCGGCGGCCGCGGGCUGGCCCGAGCCUUCGGCCACCUGCGGCGGCUGCUGCGGCGCGCCGACCCCCCGUUCUGGGCCUUCCUGGCGGCGCGCGGCGCACACGACCUGCUCUUCUGCUACCGCUGGCUGCUGCUGGAGCUGAAGCGCGAGUUCGCCUUCGAGGACGCGCUCAAGGUCCUGGAGAUCACCUGGAGCUCGCUGCCCCCCGCGCCGCCCCCGCCCCCCGAGGGGGUCCCGCUGCUCGGAGCCCCCCUGGGAGCCCGCAGGGCCGGCCGGGGGCUGAGGGAGCGCCGGGGGCUGCGGCCGCGGCCGCCCAGGAGGAGGAGGAGGAGGAGGAGGAACGUGGAAGAGGAGGAACGUGGAGGAGAAGGUGCUGGAGGGGUCACGGAGGGUUCUGGUGGUGGCUUUGGGGGUCUCAAGGGUUCCAGUGAUGGUCCUGAGGGUCCCAAGAGCUCCAGCGAUGACCCAGGUGGUCCCACCAGCUCCAGUGGUAGCCCUGGGGGUCUCAAGACUUCCAGUGAUGGCCCUGAGGGUACCAAGAGCUCCAGAGAUGUCCCCAACAGUCCCAAGAUCUCCAGCGAGCUCUUUGAGAGUCCCAAGAGCUUCAGCGAUGUGCUAGAAGGUUCCAGGGGCAUCCAGGAGGGUCCCAAGAGCUCCAGUGAUGUCCCCGACUGUCUCAGGGACAGCCAGAAGGGUCCCAAGAGCUUUAAGAACGUCCAGGAAGGUCUUGAGAGCUCCAGCGAUGUCCCCAAAGGUCACAAGAGCUCCAGGAAGGUCCAGGGGAGACCCCCCAGGGAUGCUGGGGGAGCCCCCGAGGGCUCCAAGCACUCGGAGCCGGGUGGCCCCAGGAAGGUGGAGGAAGGCACCGACGCCCUGGAGAUGGACCAGAGACCCCACAGCCUCUGCUGGGGGGCUGGAGAAGACCCCAAAAAAGGACAGGAUGACCCCAGAGAGGGACAUGAUCCAAGAGGACGAGAUGACCGCAGAAAAGGACGAGGUGGCCCCAGAGAGGGAUUUGACGACCCCAAAGAGGGACUCGAUGACCCGAGAGAAGGACGAGAUGACCCUGGGAUGAAUCGUGGUGACCCCAGAGAGGUUGAUGGUGAUCUCAGAGAAGGACACAACUUCGGAGAAGGCCACAGCCACCCCAAGGAUGCCCACCAUGACCCCAGGGAUGGCUACCAUGGCCUCAAGGAUGGCCGUGAUGACCCCAAGGAAGGAUGCGAUGACCCCAGACACGGCCACGAUGACCUCAAGGAUGAGCACCAUGACGCCAAGACCACCCACAACAACCCAACCACCCCCGAAGACCCUUGGGGCGGCCGUUGGGCUUGGGAAGACCCUUCCUCUUCCUCCUCCUCCUCCUCGUGCUCCUCGGGCUCCUCCUCCUCGGACGAGGAGGUGACGGUGGAGGACGACGGGGCGCCGCUGCCACCGCCAGAAGAGCUGGGCCAGGGGAACCCGUUCCUGCUCUUCGUGUGCCUGGCCAUGCUGCUGGAGCAGCGCGAGGCUGUCAUGGCGCGGGCCGGCGACUACAACGAGGUGGCCAUGCACUUCGACCGCCUGGUGCGCCGCCACCACCUGCCGCGCGUCCUGCGUCGCGCCAAGGGGCUCUUCGCCAGGUACCUGGAGGGGUGGGGGGCCGCCGCGCCGGGGGGACCCCAAACGGGAUCUCCUUCAGGCUAGGGGAUGCCCUCAGGAGCCCCGUCGGGGUAGGGGAUGUGGGGGGGGAGAGAGGGUGGGAACAUCAAGGCCACCAUAGGGAGGUCUGUAGGUCAAGAUGGUGACCCCAUAGAACAUCUCAGGGUGGUCCUGAGGUCAUCAUGAGAGGCUCCAAAGUCACUGGAGGUCUGUAGGACAAGGUGGUGACCCCAUAGAACAUCUCAGGGUGGUCCUGAGAUCAUCAUGAGAGGCUCCAAAGUCACCAGAGGUCUGUAGGACAAGGCGGUGACCCCAUAGAACAUCUCCAGGAGGUGCUGAGGUCACUGUUGGCAGCCUUGGACACUGUUGGAAUCCAUAGGACAAUGUGGAGAACCCAUAAAAUACCUCCCUGAGGUCAUCAUUGGGACCUCCUGGUCACACUGUGGGUCUGUAGGUCAAGGUGGUGACCCCAUGGAACAUCUCAAGGAGGUCCUGAGGUCAUCAUGAGAGGCUCCAAAGUCACUGGAGGUCUGUAGGAUAAGGUGGUGACUCCAUAGAACAUCUCACAAUGGUCUCGAGGUUACCAUGAGGGGCUCCAAAGUCACUGGAGGUCUGUAGGACAAGAUGGAGAUCCCAUAGAACAUCUCCAGGGACCCCGUGAUCACUGUGGAGGUCUGCAGGACAACGUGGGGACCCAUAGGACAAUAUGGGGACACCGUAAAAUGUCCCCUUAAGGCCACCAUGGGGACUCUGAGGUCACUGGAGGUUUGUAGGACAACGUGGUGAGCCCAUGGAGGAUCUCCAAGAGGUCUUGGGGUCACCGUGGGGACUCUGGUCGCUGUCAGGGUCUGUAGGAGAACGUGGGGACACCAUAAAAUGUCCCCGUGAGGUCACCGUGGGGGUCUGUAGGACACUGUGGGGACACCACAGACCCCACGUGGGGACAGGUGGGUCCUUUUGGGGACCCCAAGGCCACCACAGGGUCCCCAGGGCCACCCUGGGGUCAGCAGGGACCCCCAGACCUCCCCAUGACCCCCCCCGUGGCACCAGAGACCCCUUCCAGUAUGAACCAGUACAGCCCAGUGCCUCCCUGCUGGGUUCUGCACCACCGUGGGACAUCCCAGUAUAAACCAGUAUGAACCAGUAUGAACCACUGCAACAUCCCGGCUGGGAACUCCUGCAUCUGCCUUGCCUUGGGCCGGACCAGUAUGAACCAGUAUGAACCAGUAUGGAGCAGGAAACGGCUGGGAGCCCCACGUGCAUCGCCUUGUGCCGGACCAGUACAGACCAGUAUGGACCAGUACGGACCAGUGCCUUGCCAUGGCCUUCAGCCAUCCCAGCACGCACCAGUAUGGACCAGUAUGGACCAGUCCGGCAGCCAAACUGGGAGCUCUUCACCGGCGUGGCCUUGCGUCCUCCCAGCAUGGACCAGUAUGGACCAGUACAAACCAGUACAAACCAGUCCAGAGCUCUCUUCACCCCCGUGGCCUUGCGUGCUCCCGGUACGGACCAGUACAGACCAGUAUGGACCGGUAGGGUGCCCCCACUGCUGUGUUGAUGCCCAUAGGCCUUCUCCCAGUAUGGACCAGUACAAACCAGUUCCUGCCCCCCACCCUGGGUGCCUUCUCCCCUCCCCCCCCCUUAUUUAUUGCCCCUCCCCCCCCCGGUUGGGGGGGGGGUCCCGGGGGGGUCCCAGAGGUGCCGGAAUCGCCAAUAAACGAUGCCUGUUACUGGUGUGGCUCCCAGUAUGGAUUGGGAGGGACUGGGAGGGACUGGGGGCUCCCAGUAUGGACUGGGAGGGACUGGGAGAGAGUUUGGGGCUCCCAGUAUGAACUGGGAAGGGGUUUGGGACUCCCAGUAUGAACUGGGAAGGGUUUGGGGCUCCCAGUAUGAACUGGGAAGGGUUUGGGGCUCCCAGUAUAGACUGGGAAGUGGUCGUGUUGUCCCAGUAUGGACUGGGAGGGGUUGG